CGGAUCACGUCUGUUCCAUGCGGCUGCGUAGUUUUUAGCAGCACCAAUAAUCCCCACAGUGCCUCUGGAGAAGCAGGAAAUAGUGCAAAGCGCGUAAUGGAGAACAAGAAACAGGGCUUCAGUUUUGAAAGGAUCAGAUAACAGCCCGGUUCAGAGGAGGGCCAGGUAUGUUUUUCCGUUUCCAAGGACUGCCUUGCUGAUGUCACCGCGGAGGAGGGCAGGAGAGGAGGACAGGUGCGCAGAGUAAAGUUGCCCCUUCGGAAGGAUUGGAUGAAGAGCUGUCACUAAGCGGAGAAUUACCCAACAACUGAUUCAUCUCUUCUCAAUCUUUUCAGUUUUUGAAGUUUUCCUGUAUUUGUCAAAACUCUUUUCUGGUUCGGUUUUUAUCAAUGUGGCAUUUUCUGAAGUCUUUAAUAUAUACUUCACGCUUUUGGAACCGAUAGCCUCUCUGGUGCGCACAAACUGCGAGGCUCACAGGAUCCGUCCUGCUCUGUAAUAUCGGGGUUUAACGGCGUGGAGGAAGCUGCUAUUUUUUUUUUUUUUUAAGUGCACAUUGCUGUGAACUGGGGUGUAGGAUCGAGACGCCCCAGCAUCAGAACCAGCACUUUCCGCUUCAAUGCGACACUGACGCAGCUGGUCUCGCAUCCCAGUCGCGGACAGGUGAUGCUUGAGUAAUUCAAUGGAAGAAUCGAUCAUCAACAGAGCGAGUUUGAUCUGAAAAAAUACGUGUUUUUCCCGGAAUGGAAUACAACAUAAGAAAGCAACCUCAACUUCUCUAAUCUGCAAUGAUUUUUCCGUGCGUCAUUGCGUCUUAGGAUCAGAAGCGGGUCUUGCGUUGAAGGACAAUCGUUCUUGGACUUCCCUCCCAGUUUAUAAGAGCUACCAACAAUGUCCAAGACACUGAAAAAGAAGAAGCACUGGUCCACUAAAGUACAGGAGUGCACCGUGUCGUGGGGAGGUUCCGGCGAGUUGGUCACGGUAGUUGAGGUGCGAGGCGGCGCUGAGCUGGGAGAGUUCCCCCACCUCGGACACAUAGUUUCGGAGGCGAUGGUUUGUCAAGCCGGGAGGUUUCCCAGCAGCGGGGACGUGCUGCUGGAGGUGAACGGCACUCCAGUGAGCGGGCUCACCAACCGAGACACACUGGCAGUCAUCCGCCACUUUCGGGAGCCCAUCCGCAUGAAGACUGUGAAACCAGGUAAGAGCAGUAAGGUGUUGAAUACUGAUUUGCGUCACUACCUCAGCCUGCAGUUUCAGAAGGGCUCCCUGGACCAUAAGCUCCAGCAGGUGAUCAGGGACAACCUGUACUUACGCACCAUUCCCUGCACCACUCGGCAGCCCAGAGAGGGGGAAGUUCCUGGAGUGGACUACAAUUUCAUCAGUGUGGGGGAAUUUCGUGAGCUGGAAGAAAGUGGACUGCUGCUGGAGAGUGGCACCUAUGAUGGCAACUACUACGGGACCCCUAAACCCCCUGCAGAACCCAGCCCUGUGCAGCCGGACUUGGUGGACCAGGUUCUGUUUGAUGAAGAAUUUGACACAGAGGUCCAGCGAAAACGCACAACCUCUGUCAGUAAGAUGGACAGAAAGGACAGCGCCGCACCAGAGGAGGAAGAGGAAGAAGAAAGGCCUCCUAUGGUCAACGGCCUGGCUGAGCACAAGGACAAGGCGGAGUGGAGGAAGACGGUGCCCAGCUACAACCAGUCAGCCGGGGCUAUGGACUUGCGUGCAUGGAACACGCAGGAUGAAAGUCAGGAGUCCUUGCCUAAAAACUGGGAGAUGGCCUACACAGAGACCGGCAUGGUCUAUUUCAUAGAUCACAACAGCAAGACCACUACCUGGCUCGACCCCCGCCUUGCCAAGAAGGCCAAGCCUCCUGAGAAAUGCGAGGAAGGAGAGCUGCCCUAUGGCUGGGAGAAGAUUGAGGACCCCCAGUACGGCACCUACUAUGUAGACCAUAUCAACCAGAAGACCCAGUUUGAGAAUCCAGUACUGGAAGCUAAGAGAAAGUUGAGCGUUGACAUGCCCACUGCAGUACCGCCACCGGCUGCCACACUCUCAGAGGAGCCUGUUAGGGGAGUGCGGGGCUUCACGCGAGAUCCAUCUCAGCUGCAGGGCUCCAUUCUGCAGACAGCACUUAGAAAAAGCCCCCAGGGCUUUGGGUUCACCAUCAUUGGAGGAGACCGAUCCGACGAGUUCCUUCAGGUCAAAAACGUCCUUCCGGAUGGGCCUGCCGCGCAUGACAACAAAAUCGCCUCAGGUGACGUGAUCGUGGACAUCAAUGGGACAUGUGUGCUGGGGAAGACUCAUGCUGAUGUGGUGCAGAUGUUCCAGUCUAUCCCGAUCAACCAGUAUGUGGACAUGGUCCUGUGCCGGGGUUACCCCCUGCCUGAGGACUCCAGUAGCAGUGAGGAGGCCUCAGGAGGCCUCUGCACCUCCAUGGACACUUCCCCUUCUCCCUCAACCUCCACGCCACAGGACCUCCACUACACGGUCCCAGAUGGAGGAACCCUCCCCAGACAGACUGCUGCAGUACCACCCAUGACCAACGGAGGACGCCACCACCAUCACCAUCCUCACCACCACCACCUUCCUCACGUCCCCAACCAAGAAGGCCCUGACACCACUCUCUUACAGCCAGAGCUGGUGAGUGUGCCCUUGGUAAAAGGCCCUGGAGGUUUUGGCUUCGCCAUCGCAGAUUGCCCCCUAGGCCAAAAGGUGAAGAUGAUCCUGGAUGCCCAGUGGUGCCGCGGCUUGUUGAAGGGCGAUGUCAUCAAAGAGAUCAACAGACAGAAUGUCCAGACGUUGAGCCACUCCCAGGUGGUGGACAUCCUCAAAGACCUGCCUGUGGGCAGUGAGGUCACGGUGCUGGUGCUCAGAGGAGGUCAGACAUCUCCUGUGAAAUCGCUAAAACCAUGCACAGCUCCCAUGUCCCAAGCCAUAUCCCAGCCUGCUCCUCAACAGGCGCCCCAUCCCAUACCCCAGCAGUUGCCCCAUCCAUGCUCCCAGCCCAUCACACAGCCGCAGCGACAGGAGAUGAUCAACAGCACAGAGACCCUUGGCCAGCCGGAGGCGCCCCCCAAUCCGCUCCCUUUCCCUGCCAACACCCUGCGCUCGUCUUCACCCAAACCGGACGCAUCUGAGCUCUACCUCAAGUCCAAGGCCCUGUUGGACAGCAAGCCUCCUAAUUCUAAGGACCUGGAUGUAUUCAUCAAAAGGAACCAGGAGUCAGGCUUUGGCUUCAGAGUCCUCGGAGGCGAGGGGCCGGAUCAGCCGGUGUACAUCGGUGCCAUCGUGCCACUCGGUGCAGCUGAGAAGGACGGGCGCCUACGUGCAGGGGAUGAGCUGCUUUGUAUAGAUGGUGUGCCAGUCAAGGGCAAAUCCCACAAACAAGUGCUGGAGCUGAUGACCAAUGCUGCCCGUAACGGCCAAGUCAUGCUCACAGUCCGCAGGAAACUGACACACUCAGAUGGUGAUGGAGAAGAGGAGAGCAGUCAGCAACCCCAGCAGGUAGCGUCCGCCCUGGUCAACAGCUCUCCCAAGAUGCCUCGUGUCGAGUUUCCGAACGCCGUCCAGCCCGUUCAGACCCCUCGGCCGGAGUGCUUUGACGUUACUCUGCAGCGCAAAGACAACGAGGGCUUUGGCUUUGUUAUCCUCACGUCAAAGAACAAGCCCCCACCUGGAGUUAUACCUCACAAGAUUGGCCGUAUUAUUGAGGGCAGCCCUACAGACCGCAUAGGUCAGAUGAAGGUGGGAGACCGUAUCUCUGCUGUCAACGGCCGGACCAUCAUGGAGCUGUCGCACAACGAUAUCGUCCAGCUCAUUAAGGAUGCCGGCAAUUCUGUCACCCUCACUGUUGUGCCUGAAGAUGACAGCGCUCCUCCAUCUGGAACUAAUUCAGCCAAGCAGAGCCCUUCGGCACAACACAGAGCUGUGGGCCAACAGCCUCCCAGCUAUCCAGACAGGAAUGGUGACACAGAGCUGAAGAACUCUCUCCUACCAAAAGAGAUGGGAACACUCAUCAUGUCAGGCUCUAAGCAGGGCUGUUUUGUGGUGGAGCUGGAGCGCAGCCAGCGGGGCUUCGGCUUCAGUCUGAGAGGAGGGAAAGAGUAUAACAUGGGCCUGUUUAUCCUGCGACUGGCUGAGGACGGGCCUGCUCUUAAAGAUGGCAGGAUACAUGUCGGAGAUCAAAUAGUGGAGAUCAACGGCGAGGCCACCCAGGGCAUCACACACACUCGGGCAAUUGAGCUGAUCCAAGCAGGAGGCAGUAAAGUUCAUCUGCUGCUUCGACAUGGCCAGGGCUUAGUCCCGGAUCACAGUUCAAAGGACAAAGUAACCAUUCCAACCUCAAGCUUUCCCAGACUUUCUGUAUCUGACGGGCAGUCAUCUCCAGCAUCUCCAUCCUCUGUCUCCCUCUCUACCUCAGAAGUGUCCCCGUCUUCACCCAAAACAACCGCCCCUGAUGAGUUUUCUGGGCGGGAUCCCAGGGAAUCUGGGUCCCCUGGUGCUGGGCAGGAGCACGGUAGGCAGGCUAACAGAUCAAGAGGACAGCAGCUCUCUCACCACAACCAUAAGCGUACCACCAGCCCCAGCACCCAGACCAGAAAACCAAGCAGGAGUGACUCCAAGCCUGCUAGUCCCAAGAGAGCCACUGAAGGCUGGGCAGAUCAUGGAGAGCGGUCUCCGAGCCCCAGAAAAACAGAGCGAGGCCACAGCGGAUCUCUGGAGGAUAUGAGCAAAGAAAGGAAAACCCAAGGGCAGAGAGACCACCGCUCCUCUAGCCCCAGGAAGAGUUCCAAGAGGGAACAUGACCCUGUUGUGCCUUUGAAGAACCUGGUGGAGCCCCAGAGCCCCAGGCGUCCAGCUGGCCAGCAGCCCAGCAUUGCCUAUGGAGAAGGGAAGGACUGGAGGUACAAGGAGGAGGAUGCAGCCUACUGGCAAGAGAGGGGGGCGACAGAGAGUGGAGACAAAAGCUUGGGGACCAGUGAACGCCGCAAGAAGAAUAAAAGGGCUGAGCAAGAGGCAGCAGCACAAAAAUCCCAUUCCCAAGUGCACAGGGAGAGGGCAGGGUCAGAUGCUGAUGGUGGCACUCUGAGCCGGAGGAGUGGAAGAGAGAAGGGGGAUAAGGAAUAUCGGGAAAGCAAGUACCAUGAGCCAACUGAAGAGGUGAAUAGAAAGGACCCCAGAGGUUCAAGCAGUAGCAUCCAGGACCCCAGCUGCAACGGGACCACUACCAGCAAGAAGGCUCCCAUCACCCCUGGUCCAUGGAAAGUUCCCAGUUCUGCCAAGAUCCAGUCCCAGGCGGACACAACAUACGCGGAUAUUUAAUAUCUUCGCAGGACUCUCUGCGUAUAUUAAGCGAUAGAGAGAGAUAGCUGAGCCUCUGAAAGAUGGACAUGGAAGGAUUUUGUUUUUAGCAAUCUCGGAGAAAGCAGAUCACUGUGUAACCAGCAACGCCGCUUCUCAUUGCUUAUGAUUUUUUUUUUCACCCAGUUUGCCUCGGUCAGUUUGCAUCAAGCUGCUGAUGUCUGAUCUGACAUGCGUGCUUGUACCUACAUGAGUAUUUGUACUGUACGAUGAUGUGUGGACAUGUGUGUAACAGGUUGGGUCUGAGUGUGAUUUUUGGAUGUGACACUGAAGUCUAUUUUGUGCCAAUCAGGGACUCCGGUUAUAAAGAAGCUGCUCCGUAUUGCACUCACUGUGAGACUGUUAGUGGGUAAUGAGAUGAACUGCUCUCCCUGUCUAGCCACCUCGAUGAAGGAUCCUUCUUUUUUUUUGUCACUUUGAAGUUUUAAGACAUAUUCAUGCAAUCACUGCUUUUCUUCCUGGCAAGAUUGAUUCACUGUUGCUGUCACUGAUGGAUGUACUAAAAGAGUGAGGCUGGUGCGUUUCACUUAAAAUUGGAGUGUCUUCUAAGUCAUUUACUAUCUGUUUUUUGAGAGCCCGACUAGGGUUGUGAAGUGUAUGCGUGACUGUAUUCAUACACAUGAGAAGACUCUAAAACACUCGAAUUACAUUAGCUUAUCGGAGGGUGGACAGACUACCCUUAAACUUUAUAUGCAUCAAUCACCAGACCAGAUACUUGUGGUUAUAGUUCUAAUGUUUGUUACAUGUGUGAUAAUAAUAAAGCAUAAUGUAAUUUAUUGAAAUGAUAUGUAAACAGUACACAUAUCCAUUCUGAGUCAUUUCACUUUUGAUGUGGACUUAAUGAUAGAAAUAGAAUGUGUAGACAAGCAUCACCAUCUAAAAUACUAACACUAUAAAAACGACAAUCUAUACAUUCUAUUUCUAAGAUUUUAUGGUCUGUAAACAGUCACGUGAGCCUGAUUCAUAAUGUUGUUUACUGUUAGCAGCUCUGUAUUUAGGUCCUCUGGCUAUGUGUGUAUGUAUACAAGCUGACUGGUAGGCCUAUGUAUUUUAGAUAUCGCUGUAGCAUCGAUUAUACUUAAUCCAAAACAUAUAUUAUUUAACAAAGUGAUUACACAUAUAUUGACAAAUAAUUUAGAUGAGUUGAAUUAACAGAGCUUGAUUGUAAGAAGUGAGACCUCUGCCUUCAACUUAUUAAAACUUUAAGAGAUAUUUGUAUUUUUAUCAUCAUAAAUGUAGGCACAAAAACACAUUUUUCCUCAUUCUAACCUCCAAAUCUAUUUUUGAUCAAUUUUUUUUUUUAUUUAGUACAUGACCCUUAAUGUGAGAAAAAAAUUGUAUGUACAUUUUUGCUUAAUUGUUAAUCAUGGCUGUCAUGUUUGUGUUAAAAAUAAAGGCAGACUCCCUAAGAAUGCAGUUAAUUUUGGUGGUUGCACACAGUGCAUAAUGUGAAAAUAGGCUUGACUGCUUCUUUGGGAGUCCUAUUUGAAAUUACUCUAUAAAGUUUAUCAAAUUUAAUCAAACAGGGAUUUAAGUCCCAGAUUAAAAUAUGGGAUCAGUUGUGCCCUGCUCUGAAGACAAAGUUUAGUGUUGUUUCAGUGUUGCUAUUGUGGAGUACAGAGACAUCUAGUGGUUCAUAAACUGCUAUUCACAAACUAGUCAUUGCUUGAACUAUCAGCCUGUUUAAGGAUGUACAGAAGUAACACAUGUAUCUAUUGGUCUGUGAGACCACUUACUAAUUUAUUUUCCACUUUAUUGUUGAUAUGAUGGGCUACUGUAUUAUUUACUGUUCAUGCCAUUACCAUGUAUGAUACUGUGGCCUUGCAUUGCUCCAACAUAUAAAAAAAAAAGUCUUUUAGUUUUGACAUCAUGGUAGUUGUAAAUGUUUAUAAAUUGUACAGCACCUGUAUAAAUAUUUGCCUUCAUUCAGAAAAAAAAUCCUCUGUAAAUCGUUUCAUUAUUUUUUUAAGGGAAGUGAGAGGAAAUGAUAUAAAAUGGGUGAAAAGAAAUAAUCUGGUCAUGGCAUUCUGUUCAUGCACUGAUAAAUAAAGGUUUACUGAAUAAACGUGA